AUGGAUCUCGUCCAAAAUUCAGACCUGGCAACAGCGCAGCAGGAUCUAAUUCGGCACUACCUGGACACGAAGACAAGCUACGUGGGCGCACCGAUAAUCCCUCUAAGCGCUCAGCUCGAGAUCAACAUCCCAUACCUCCUGGAGUACCUCGUGCAUGUGCCACUGCCCAAGCGUGUGAUACGGAUACCAGGGGCCCAGCUUCACGUGCUGCGAAGCUUUGAUGUCUCGCUUCCCGGCGAAACCCUCGAGGCAGCGGCACUCUGCGGCGGGGUCGUCGGGGGGUCUAUUAAACAGGGCGUGCUGUGCAAAGGGGACGUGGUGGAGUUCCUUCCGGGCCUUAUUGCGGUGCCGAGACCGGGAAUGCCAGUGCCAUCUCGCGACGCGGUCCUGAGUGGGGAAGAAAUUUCUUACCUUUCGGCACCGCCGCCAGGGAUACCGUACUGCAUUCCCAUUCGUACAACCGUGCGCAGCCUCCAGGCGGAGGGCAAUUCUCUUGAGUUUGCCAUCCCUGGUGGCCUCAUCGCCGUAGGAACCUCGCUGGACCCAGCCUUAACACGUCAGAAUAAACUGUGCGGACAGGUUCUUCGUGUGGUGCAAUCGCGUCUUUAUGGUGACUGCAGCGAUACGAGGGAUGUUGAAGUAUACCACGAGGUUGAUAUCCACUUUUACUUGCUGAAAGAACUGCUCGGCUUGGCAGCACAGGUACAGCACACGAGACGUGGAAGGAACUCCAAGGCCGCAAUCCGUUCGAACACUAUCCAUAACCCACCGCAAGAAGCAACUGCGUUGACACGUAUUCAACCUCUUCGUGAGGGAGAAACGAUCCUUUUCAGCAUCGGGACACUGACCACAGCUGCCACGGUCCUUCGCACAUCGCGUGCGGCCGGCAGGGCCUUUUGUCGGUUGGAAAACCCCGUGUGUGGUAACGUUGGUGAUAAGGUGGUACUAUCCCGAUAUAUUUGGCGUAAGGCCCGCCUAAUUGGAUGGGGAACCGUUAAGCGGGGCGUGUCGGUGAACUAUUUGUAA